UCUGUCAGGAGCCGCGGUCGGGCGGGGCUUCCGGGAGCAACGCGGGAGGCGGAGCCAGGAGGGCCGCGGCCUCGCGGGGUUGGGCUCGGCUGGAGACGGGACCCGAGUUCGGGGUUGCUCGAGGAGGGCGAGGGAGCCGGUGUCUGGGGGCCUGGGGCGGCAUCUUUGAGCAGGGCCCCGGACUCUCCCGGGAACAGGCCGGCGAAAGAACCCGACUCAGCGGUGCCGGUGCACCAGAGGCCCUCCCUGCGCCGGCAGUGCGGCGCCGCCCACCGCGGAGGUCCCGGGGCUACGGGCUGGGGAAAGGCUGGGAUCCACCGGGACCAAGGCGGGAUGCUCGGAGCUGGGGGCCCCCGGGUGGCCGCGGGGUCCGGUUGCCCGGCUCCCCUUCCGCGCAGGUGGAGCGGCCGCGCACCCCACCUACCACCACGCACCCCAGCUCCCCUACUCCCACCGCAACCCACCCCGAGGACGGCUUGCAGCCCCGGUGGGGUUCCAGGCGGCGGGCGCACCCGUGUGCCCUGGGGCCAGGCGUGAGAACGCCCCCUCCACCACUCUCCUCUUACUCGGGCCUGCGUGGCAGGCGACCCUGCCCGCCCAAGCCCCCCAAACUUGAGGUUCCAACCCUGCAGAAGCUCAGCGUGGUCCAGUUAAACCGUACCCACAAGUUGCCACAGGGGAGCGAAGUGCCCAGAGCUCACCCCAAGCACAUAGAUGCACAUCCUAGCUGUUUCAAACCCAAAAAGACAUGUUUUUAACAUUUUUUUAAAUUGCAAAGGAAUCAGAAAUACAUCCUCAUUAAAAAACAAAAAGGGCCGGGCGCGGUGGCUCACGUCUAUAAUCCCAGCACUUUGGGAGGCCGAGGCGAGUGGAUUACUUGAGGUCAGGAGUUCAAGACCAGCCUGGCCAACAUGAUGAAACCCCGUCUCUACUAAAAAUACAAAAAAUUAGCCGGCUGCAGUGGCGCGCGCCUGUAAUCCCAGCUACUCGGGAGGCUGAGGCAGGAGAAUUCGCUAGAACCCGGGAGGCGGAUGUUGCGGUGAGCCGAGAUCGCGCCACUGCACUGGGCAACAGAGCGCUACUUCGUCUCAAGAAAAAAAAAAAAAAAAAAAAGGCGUUUUACAGUCAGGCAAACCCUGCCUCUGCCCAGUCCAGCGCCCGCCUCGCCCUCCUGCGCCGGUCGCUGCUGAGCCGGGGCUCCACCCACGUGCGGUCCCGGGGGUCCCGCCUGCCGUCCGUCCACCGCGCGGUCGCAGUCAGAGCUUGGCUUGGGGCGGACGCGCAUGAACGCGGGUGAGAGGCGGCGACUGAACGGCGGGCGGCAGCGUGUCCCGCGGGCCGGGCACUCGGGCGCGCUCCGGCGUCCCGUCUGUUUUUCCUGGUCCUCGGGGGCGCUUCCCCUGGUGCUUCCUUUUGCCGCCGGCCUCACUUCCAAGCGAAGGUCAGGACGGCAGGCCUCGGCCCCAGGGGCGACCCUUCCACCUGGGAAAGGUGGGCGCGAGCCUCCAGCAGAGACCGCCUUUACCGGCCCCGCGUGGGAAGCGCCAGGAUCGCGAGGAAACGCGACACGCGCACCGCGACGGCCCGGGCACGGAGCCGCAGGAAGCUGGCACCUGACGCGCCUGCGCCCACCCGAGUUGGUGGCGCGUCACCUCCCCCUGGGAUCCCCCCCAGCAGGGGCGCCCACGCAUGUGCCAGCCCACGUGGCCCCGCCCUGGCGACCGUUGCUAAGGGGCGUGGCUCAGCCGCACGGAACCCGAGCCUCCUGCGACUUAUAAAUAUUUGCGUAUUCAAAUGAGACUCGGCUCCCGUUGCCAUGGCGCCCUGGCUGCAACCCCGCGGCCGGAAGAACAGCCUGGAGUAGGAGACAGCGCCUGGCGGCGGAGGGUGCCCAGGGCCGAGCUGCCAGGGCACCUAGGCUGAGCCCUCAGACCAGGCCACCGAGGCACCCGGAGCCUGAGCCGCUGCCCCGCUCCAACACUCCCACCCACCACCUCUGUCAACAGCCUGGCCACUCGCCUGGCGCAGGGGCAGCUCUAGACGGGAUGGAGAGGAUGCAUCUUCAAUGCCUACACGUGGUCAACAGAUAAAAGCCACUGCCAGAACGUUCUAAGUGGCUACAUGUGCGUCUGCCUGUUCACGGAUUCCUUCGACAAAUAUUUGAGCAUCCCCUCCUGCGACUGUGGACAGCAGAGGAGCACGCAGGCUACGUGCAGGCCACGUGCAGGCCACGUGCAGCCCACAGCUCUGGGGCGAGGCAGGCCCUCAACCGAACACGUAUAGAGACGGGGUUUCACCGUGUUAGCCAGGAUGGUCUCGAUCUCCUGACCUUGUGAUCCGCCCACCUCGGCCUCCCAAAGUGCUGGGAUUACAGGUGUGAGCCACCGCGCCCGGCCAGACGUCUGCAUCUUUAAGGGGGCAACACCAGCUGGGCCCAUGGAUAGUCAGGUCCUGGGCUGACCUGCUCACCUCUAGGUGCUGUGACCUCAGCCUGGCCCAUUCUAGGUUCCCGUGGGCACAGUAACCUGGCCAGGAAGCCACCCUGACUCUUGCAGGUACUGCCUGAGGGCACAUGCCGCCUCCUUGCCUGGAUGUUUGACCCACAGCAGGAGAAGGCGGCUGCCUGCAGGUGAAGGGACUCGGCUGGCACACAGGGGUGGGGUAGAGGAAGGCCUGGGACUUGAUCCUGGACCCCAGGCUCAGAGACCAUCAGGUGGAGAAGGACCCAUAGCCCACAGCUUGAGGCAGCACCGGGAGCCCCACAGCCACAGGCAGCUGGCCCGGCACCCCAGGCUCACAGCCCUUGUGGGCCUCAGGUGGGGAGGCCUGGAGCCAGCACGCCCUGCGUGGACCCUGAGCAUUGGCAGAAACACAGGGAGGGUGUCCUACGAAGAGAGAGGGGUCGAGCCAAGGCUAGGGGAGGGGAGCGUGAGGCCCUCCAGGCUGAAACUAAGCAGACAAGGGCCCCAUGAGGCCCAGCCAAGCUAGGAGUCUUCUCUAGGCUCGGGGUGGGGGUGGGUGCCAAGGGCUUGCUGUGGUGGGGGGGAGGCGGGGGGUUGAGGGCUGGGCCAGGGUCUCAGCCGGGCUACAGAGGAGGAGGAGCAACAGCUUGGAGCUUUGCGCUGUGCCCCUGUCAGCAGGUUACAUGUGAAUGGAUCCGGGCUGGGACAGAUCCCGUGGGCCUCGGCCGAGCACCUCCAGCGUCCGGGUGCGGGAGCUCAGCUGGCAAGGCCUGCACAACCCCUGCCCACAGAGCAAGGGCCCUGGCAGCCAGAGGGACAGCCUUGGAGAGCAGCUGGUGGAAGAGUACCUGUCCCCUGCCCGGCUGCAGGCCCUGGCCCGGGUGGAUGACCUUCGGCUGGUGAGGGCGCUGGAGAUGUGUGUGGACACUCUUGAGGGCAGCCUGGGGAACUUUGGGGUGCACCUGCCCAACCUGGACCAACUGAAGCUGAACGGCAGCCACCUGGGCUCCCUGAGGGACCUGGGCACGUCUCUGGGCCACCUGCGGGUGCUGUGGCUGGCUCGCUGUGGCCUCGCUGACCUGGAUGGCAUCGCCUCUUUGCCAGCACUUAAGGAACUCUACGCCUCCUACAACAACAUCUCGGACCUGAGCCCGCUGUGCCUGCUGGAGCAAUUGGAGGUGCUGGACCUGGAGGGCAACAGCGUGGAGGACCUGGGGCAGGUGCGCUACUUGCAGCUGUGCCCACGCCUGGCCAUGCUUACUCUGGAGGGCAACCUGGUGUGCCUACAGCCGGCCCCCGGCCCCACCAACAAGGUGCCCAGGGGCUAUAACUACAGGGCAGAGGUGAGGAAGCUCAUCCCCCAGCUGCAGGUCCUGGACGAAGUGCCGGCUGCACACACAGGCCCACCGGCCCCCCCGCGGCUGAGCCAGGACUGGCUUGCAGUGAAGGAGGCCAUCAAGAAGGGUAACGGCCUCCCCCUGCUGGACUGUCCCCGUGGAGUCCCCAUCCGGCGACUUGACCCCGAGCUGUCCCUGCCUGAGAUGCAGCCCCGGGCCUCCAGGCCCUGGCCCUUCUCCCUGCUGGUCCAUGGGGGCCCCCUGCCCGAAGGCCUGCUUUCUGAGGACCUGGCCCCAGAAGAUAACACCAGCAGCCUCACCCAUGGUGCUGGCCAAGUCCUCUGUGGGAACCCCACCAAGGGCCUGCGGGAGCGUAGGCACCAGUGCCAGGCCAGGGAGCCCCCGGAGCAGCUGCCCCGACACGGGCCAGGAGAUCCGGCCGCCAGCACCUCCACCCCAGAGCCUGACCCUGCAGACAGCUCUGACUUUCUGGCCUUGGCUGGGCUUAGGGCCUGGAGGGAAUGUGGCGUGCGCCCCCUCCCCUAUAGGCACCCGGAGUCCCAACAGGAAGGGGCUGUAGCCCCCUGGGGCCCACGGAGGGUCCCUGAAGAGCAAGUGCACCAGGCAGAGCCCAAGACUCCCCCCAGCCCCCCAAGCCUGGCCUCAGAGCCCUCCGGGACCUCGAGCCAGCACCUGGUCCCUUCACCUCCCAAGCACCCAAAGCCACCAGAUUCUGGCAGCAGCUCCCCGCGGUGGUCGACAGACCUGCAGUCCAGAGGGCGUCGGCUCCGAGCCCUGGGCAGCUGGGGGCCUGGCCUGGGUGAUGGGGUGGCUGCAGUGCCUGUCCUGAGAGCCCUGGAGGUGGCCUCAGGCCUGAGCCCACUAGCCCAGGGACGUCCUGGCCCAAAGCCAGCACCAGAUGCAGCAGCCAGACCUCCCAGGGCAGCUGAACUCUCUCACCCCAGCCCCGUCCCCACUUAAUGUGGUCCCCACUGCCAAGCUUGCCUGUGCUGGGGCCACGACUUGCCCACAUAUGUGGUCACAGAGCACAGAACACCUGGGCAGGUGUGUUGGGGGGUGGAAGGAGUGCCUGGCCCUGGGGAGGACCCUCUUGGUGGAGGGGAGUGGCGGACUGGGACCAGCCAGGGAGGCAGCAGAGGCUGGAACCCAGUUUAGGCCCCCAACUGGGUUUGGCCUGGGGAGGGAGGGUCCUGCUACCCAGCCCUUCCUUAGGGCCAGGCUUUCCCGCGGGCACGGGGGUGGGGGGUGGUCACCGGAGCAGGCCUGUCAGAGGCCUCUCCUGCUAGAGCUGGGCAUGGCCAAGGGGCAGGGACUAGAGCUGCGAGUCCACCACUCCCUUGCCGGCCCCAGGGUAAGAGCCACCUCCUAGGCCGCAGUGGCCGAAGGUCCCAGCUGCUCGCCCGAGGCCGCCGGGGGUGUGGUCCAGGCCUCCCGUCUCCGGGGGAUCUGUAGGGUUCCCGCGCCGCGAUAGGGCGGCCCGUUCCCUCCUCUUGGCGCAGGACGCCCCGGAACCCAAGGGCAACAUUUUCAACUCUCAGGUGUACAGAAAUGCGGUUUACUCUGUAGGCCACGUUGGUUCAAUAAAUGAUGCAGCGGACACGGCCCGCCC